AAUUAAUAAUUUAUUUAUCAAUUGAUGUUACAACAGCUAGUUUUAUAAAAAAAUUCAAGAAAGAAUAUGUUUUGACAACCAAACCAAACCAACCUUAGAUGCCUCCUUCUCCUCUUCUUCCCUGUUUCUUUAAGCAAUUGUCACACCCAUCUCUUGUUUCUUUUAAUUCCCCUUUUUUGAUUUCAAAACCUAAUUUGCAAGAAAGUGUCUUCAUCAAAUUUCCAACAACUACUUUCUCUAAUGACAUUUCAACUGUCUCUUUACCCAUUUAAGUAAACAAUACUUUCUGGGUUUUCUCAUUCAUCUUGUGCCUCAUAGAUUUGAAGGGUAAUUGGAGGUAUUAAUUGUUAAAGAUGAUUAAUUUGAGUUGGGGUUUUGUUUUGCUGGUUUUCUUUGCUUUCUUGUUGAAUCUUGACGCUUUUGAGCUUCGUAAAGGUCAAAAAACUGAGAGAAUUUCAGGUAGUGCUGGGGAUGUGUUAGAAGACGAUCCAGUUGGAAGAUUGAAAGUGUUUGUUUACGAGCUACCGAGCAAGUACAACAAGAAAAUAUUGCAAAAAGACCCUCGGUGUCUCAACCACAUGUUUGCGGCUGAAAUCUAUAUGCACAGAUUUCUGUUAUCGAGCCCUGUUAGAACUCUUAAUCCGGAGGAAGCUGAUUGGUUUUACACCCCUGUUUACACUACAUGUGAUUUAACACCGAAUGGCCUCCCGUUACCUUUUAAAUCACCGAGAAUGAUGAGAAGUGCGAUUCAACUUAUUUCUUCUAAUUGGCCUUAUUGGAAUAGGACCGAAGGGGCUGAUCACUUUUUCAUUGUACCACAUGAUUUUGGUGCUUGUUUUCAUUAUCAGGAAGAAAAAGCUAUUGAAAGAGGAAUUCUGCCUCUUCUUCAAAGGGCUACAUUAGUUCAAACAUUUGGGCAAAAGAAUCAUGUUUGUUUAAAAGAGGGUUCAAUUACAGUGCCUCCAUACGCCCCUCCUCAAAAGAUGCAAUCUCACUUGAUCCCUCCUAGUAUUCCUCGAUCCAUCUUUGUUUACUUUAGAGGAUUGUUUUAUGAUGUUGGAAACGACCCAGAAGGCGGUUAUUAUGCAAGGGGAGCAAGAGCUGCGGUGUGGGAAAACUUCAAAGACAACCCUCUCUUCGACAUCUCAACAGAACAUCCAACAACAUACUACGAAGACAUGCAAAGAGCCGUUUUCUGCUUAUGUCCUCUCGGGUGGGCCCCAUGGAGUCCACGGCUAGUCGAAGCCGUUAUCUUUGGUUGCAUCCCCGUCAUCAUAGCAGACGACAUCGUCUUGCCGUUUGCUGAUGCUAUUCCGUGGGAAGACAUUGGAGUUUACGUAGAUGAAAAAGACGUCCCAAAUUUGGACACCAUCUUGACAUCAAUUCCGACAGAAGUCAUUUUACGAAAACAGAGAUUGCUGGCUAAUCCUUCGAUGAAACAAGCUAUGUUAUUCCCACAUCCCGCUCAACCAGGUGAUGCUUUUCAUCAAAUCUUGAAUGGUUUGGCCCGUAAAUUGCCUCAUGAUAAGAGUGUUUAUUUGAGGAAAGGCGAGAAGGUUUUGAACUGGACCGCAGGUCCUCAAGCGGAUCUUAAGCCAUGGUAGAUGUUAUAAAACUUUUUGAGUUUAUAAAAUGUUGGGUUAUAUUGAAAUCUUGAUUUAUAGGGUUCCAGGGAUUUUGGGGGAUAUUUUUGUAUUUUACUGUGUAGUUGAUCUCAAAGAGAAUUGAUGUUAUUUGAAUCAUAUGGACUUUGAACUCUUGUUCUUGUCAUGGUUGAUAUAAUAUGUAGCUAUGUCUCUUUAUAUGAUCA